AUGCCGCAUUCUACUUCACCUCUAAUCCUGCAAUCUUCCGGAUGGGGAGGCAACGAUGGCAACUGGUCCACCUAUCAGCUGAACGUCGGCACACCACCACAGGGCUUUAGCGUUCUUCCCUCAACGACCAGCAGUGAAAUUUGGGUACCAGUCCCGGAAGGCUGUAACGCCUCGAUUGCGGGAUGUGCGAGCUCCAGAGGAGUGCAAAGCUUCAAUGGCGUACAGAGUAGUGGUUUCCAAUUCAACGAAUCGAGUAGCUGGAAACAGAUUGGGAUCUAUGGACUCAGUGGAUACGAUGAUCUGUUUCCUGAUUCUGGCGACGCCGCUUUGUACGGCUUGGAUAAUAUCUCGCUAAACUCACCUGCCAACACUUCGACAUUUGGUAGUCAAAUUGUUGGCGGCAUAUCUAGCUACAACUUCUGGCUCGGGAUGUUUGGUCUUGGAAUACAGCCUGGAACCUUCUCCAAUUUACCGAAUAAUGCAACCACACUGUUAGAGUCAGCUAAGGAGAUUGGCCUCUCUCCUGCGGCCUCGUAUGGAUUCUACGCUGGUGCAGCCUACCGCAAGUCAGACAACACAGAACGCAGCAGUGCGCCGGGCAGCGUCGUUCUAGGAGGCUAUGAUCAGGCAGCUUUCGAGCCUAGCAAUAUUACCUUUCCAACGAUAUUUGCAGGAGCAAGGUCACUCACAGUACGACUCAAGAGCUUAGUAGUCACGAACACUCCUCAAGGAGCUGUGUCACCAAUGAUUGACACCUCUGGGCUAAAUGUCUCGAUAGACUCUACGGUCGCACAGAUCUGGCUUCCUGGCACAAUAUGUGACGUCCUGUCUGACGCGCUUGGCUUGCAUUAUGACAAUGGCACUGAAUUGUACUUUGUAAACGCUACCAUGCAUGAGACUCUGCUCAACUAUGCACCAGAGUUUACCUUCAUGAUAGCAGCACCGUCGAUGAUCAACAAAACCACGGCUAUCGUGCUCCCAUACGCAGCUUUUGAUCAGCAAAUAGGCCAGCCGUGGUCUACCACGAACACAACAUAUUUUCCAAUCAGGAGAGCAGCGAAUGACACUCAACUUGUGCUUGGUCGUACGUUUCUCCAAGAAGCCUAUCUUAUUGUCGAUUGGGAGCGACAGAACUUCACGCUUGGACAAUCCUUACACAGACCCGGGGUUUCCAGCGAUAUCGUGGCGAUUCAUCCAGUCUCGUCUCGAAAGGACAAAUCAAGCGAAGUCACUGCAGGUGCGACCUCCGGUAUCGUAAUCGGUGUGGUGCUGCUGGCCUUGUUGGUAUUCGGCGGAGGCUACUUUCUUCGACGACACAGCAGGCGUAGAAGGCAGCAAGAUGAGGCGAGCCGUACUCACAUUGCAGAAUUGGAUGGCAAGGCCGAAUCACCUGUUGGCGUGGAGUUGAUGUCCAACAAUGUACACGAGAUGUCAUCCCCACCUGCAAUGGCUGAGAAGGAGGCCAGUUUUGGAGGAAAACUCGAGCUCGAAGGCUGUGACGGCGCCCACUUAGUAGAGAAUGGCGAAAUAUACGAGUUGCCCGGACAUGAUGUUGGCCAUGAGAUGGACAGCGCGAUUGCGAAAAUCUCCGCGGAACGCGGCGCAGCGGAUGUUGAUGAGAAGGCCUCAACAAGAUAA